AUGUCACGGCACCCGCGUACUACCCACAGUGAGGGAUCAUCAGCCGAAGAAGAAAUUGCAGAACAACAUGUCUCGUUUAUCGCAGCACACGCAAUUCCAAAGACAGUCACGCAUGAGGAUAUCGUAUCCGCAACAAGCGCUGAUGAAGCUCUUCAGAACUGUAUGCGUGCUAUCCAGGAUGAUAGCUGGGGUGAUCUUCUAGCGUCUGCAGAUGCAGCAUUGCAGAGUGAGUACAGAAGCCUACAUGAAAUACGUGAUCAACUUACCAUAGCAGAAAAUGGUAGCAUUCUCUUACGUGAUCAUCGCAUCGUCAUUCCACGCUCACUUAGACAGCGUAUCAUCAACAUAGCACAUGAGGGCCAUCAGGGUAUAACUAAGACAAAGGCUCUCUUGCGUGAGAAGGUGUGGUUUCCUUCUAUUGAUCGUAUGACUGAACACACAAUUCGCGAUUAUUUAUCUUGCCAGAUGAACAGUGUUGACCAUGCGAAAGAACCACUUCGAAUGACUGAGCUUCCACAACAGCCAUGGACCGAAGUUAGCGUAGACUUUGCCGAUCUCCCGAAUGGUGAUCACAUGUUGGUAGUCAUCGACGAUUACUCACGUUUCGUAGAAGUAGAAAUAGUUUCCUCUACAGCAGCGAGUCAGGUCAUCCCCAAGCUUGACCGAAUCUUCUCAAGCUUUGGCGUUCCUUCUGUAGUCCGUACUGACAAUGGCCCACCAUUCAACGGCGCAUAUUUCAAUCAGUUUGCUAACUACUUAGGGUUCAAGCACAGGAGAGUUACUCCGCGUUGGCCUCAAGCUAAUGGUGAGGUCGAAAGAUUCAUGUGA